AUGCCUUCGGCGCUGGUUGGUAAGACCGUCAGCCCGUUUCUGAAAGAGCACAUCCCAGGCAUUUACGCGCCGGUCGGUAAAGAUUUCCAAGAUGAAUCUUCCCACACACCGCCAGUUUCUGUACCGAGGGAUGCCAAUACUCGAUUCUGCUACCGCCAUCGCCCGGACUCCAAGUGCCGGCGAACCGCCGACGAAACUAAGAUGGGCAUGAUCCAAAGGGAUCUCAACAGUCUCUCCGCUGCCGAUCAAGAGGCCAUCACGCAUGUUUGGUCUCUCUUCUCAGCCGCACCUGCCAAACACCGAGAGCUUAUGCUCCAGGGCAUCAUUACACAGUGCUGCUUCCCACAACUCUCGACCGUCUCCCGCGAAGUACAAGAGCAGCUCAAGAUCGACUUUUUGACGGCUCUCCCGACAGAGCUGUCCUAUAAAAUCCUAUGCCACCUCGAUACAGUAUCGCUGUGCAAGGCCGCCCAGGUCAGCCGUCGCUGGCAGAAUCUUGCAGAUGACGAUGUAGUCUGGCACCGCAUGUGCGAGCAACAUAUCGAUAGGAAGUGCACCAAGUGCGGCUGGGGCCUGCCGCUGUUGGAAAAGAAGAAACUCAAGGCAUGGAGUCGUCACCAACAUACAGCGCAUGGCAAAGAAAGCGAAUCGAGCGAGACUGCCGACGAGGUUAAUGGAUCCAACAAGCGCCCCCUAGAGGAUGAAAGCGCACCUUCCAAGCGACCACGUCUCGACGGUACUGGCCCGUCUUCGGCUUGUCUCGAGACGGAGCGCAAGUUUCGUCCCUGGAAAGAUGUCUAUCGCGAUCGUUUCAAAGUCGGGUUCAACUGGAAGACAGGCCGCUGCACCAUCAAGACCUUCAAGGGCCACGAGAAUGGUGUCACUUGUCUCCAGUUUGAUCAGAAUAUUCUGGCUACCGGCUCGUACGACACCACGAUCAAGAUAUGGAACAUCGAGACUGGCGAGGAGCUACGUACUUUGCGCGGACACACAGGCGCAGUACGAACAUUGCAGUUUGACGACAGCAAGCUCAUCAGCGGCAGCUUCGAUAAGACUAUCAAGAUUUGGAACUGGCAGACUGGAGAGUGUCUGAGCACCCUUCAGUGUCACACUGACGGUGUAUUGUCGGUACACUUUGACAAGGGAACGCUGGCGUCCGGUUCGAUCGACAAGACGGUCAAAAUUUUCUGCUUCGACACAAAGCAAACGUUUUAUCUACGUGGCCACACUGACUGGGUCAACCAUGUUAGAUUAGACACUGCAUCUCGAACCGUCUUUUCUGCAUCUGACGAUUUGUCUAUCAAGUUGUGGGAUUUGGACACGAAGCAGUGCAUCAAAACUUAUCUCGGUCACGUCGGUCAAGUUCAGCAAAUUCUCCUCAUGCCUCCCGAUUUUGAACCAGAUGAGGUUCCCAGCGAGGAGGACAACGAUUCUUCCUCGGUGCAUAGUGGCCGGAGCGCGACGCCGACACCGUCCGCCCAUGUUGAUCGGUCUGUGUUUGGCCCCGGAUUCGAGUCGGAAUCGCGACCACUACCGCCGCGAUACAUGCUCACGGGUGGACUCGACAAUACGGUACGUCUGUGGGAUAUUGCCACUGGCAAGUGUAUUCGCAGCAUGUUUGGCCACGUCGAGGGCAUUUGGGGUCUAGUCGGCGACACUCUGCGUGUUGUCACUGGGGCCAACGAUUCGAUGACCAAGAUUUGGGAGCCUCGUUCUGGCAAAUGCGAGCGCAGCUUCACUGGUCACGCCGGGCCGGUGCAGUGCGUUGGCCUGAGCGAUAGUCGGAUGGCCAGCGGAAGUGAAGACGGCGAGGUGCGCCUCUACAGCUUCGAAGGCGAGGCCAAGGAGGAGCGGGGAACGCCCUCGUAA